UCUCACAUGUGUUUGUUUACAACACACAAAAACAAAAAAUAAUCAAAUUUUUUCCACUUUAACACUUAAUUCCUUUAAAAAAUGGGCAAAAAACGCCAAAUCGGAGAACAAAAGAACGAAGAUGAGUUCGAUUUAUCUUCAAAACAUCUCAAAACGAGUCAUGUUCGCGCCAAUGAUAAGCGCUUAAUUAUCAUCUUAGAAGGCGCCCAACUCGAAACCAUCAAAAUCGGAAAGGCAUUCGAACUUUUAAAUUGUGACGAUCAUCCGAAUCUCUUGCGAAAACACAAUCGCGAUCCAGGCACUUGUCGUCCCGACAUCACCCAUCAGUCGUUGUUGAUGUUAAUUGACUCGCCCCUGAAUCGUGCCGGACUGUUGCAAGUUUAUAUCAGGACAGAAAAGAACGUUUUGAUUGAAGUUAAUCCACAAAUUCGGAUUCCGAGAACUUUUAGACGAUUUGCUGGGCUGAUGGUGCAACUUUUACACAAAUUCUCGAUUCGAGCAUCGGAUAGCACAAUGAAGCUGAUGAAAGUCAUAAAAAAUCCGAUAGAAAAUCAUUUGCCGGUCGGUUGUCGUAAAAUUGUGAUGUCAUAUAGUUCGAAAAAGGUCGAAAAUUGCCGUGAACUCGUGCCGAAAGAUGAUUUACCGAUGGCGAUUGUUGUUGGAGCGUUCGCGCACGGCAAUGUCGAUGUCCCAUACAAAGAAGAUGUCAUUUCGAUCAGUAAUUAUCCACUUUCCGCGGCACUUACGUGCUCUAAACUCUGUUCUGCUUUCGAAGAAGUUUGGGGAAUCGUUUGAAAAAAUUAUUUUUAUUAUUAAAUAAAUUUAUUAACUACACAAAAUUAAAAAUUUUAAC